UUAAUAACGUAUAUUAAUCCGCGACACAGAUUCUGCCUGCCCCACAUAUGUUUGCUGGUUAUCACGAUCCUGUAGAACGUUUCCACGAUAAAAGCCGAACUGAUAACACUAUCAAUUAUACGUCGUGCCGAACAACUGCCGACUGCCUUUUUUUCUAUGAGACCGAUACGAAUUGCAAUUUACAAACGACGAAUGAGCGAUUUGUUUUUUUUUGUUACAGCUUGAAAUUAAUAUUGCGAACCCGAUGGAACCGAUCAUUUAGUGUAGUUAGUUGUUGUUCUCUUACGUGCCCGGCAAUCGAAAAUCGGGAUUUCUGCGUCGCAGACACUGAAAUAUCGAUUUCCAUGCCCGGUGUUUGACUACGAUGCAGCGGAUCAAAAUGUUUACCGUAGUGUUAUUCCGUAACCGAUGGAAGGAUCCGUUUACCGUCUACCCGGCGUUGACAGACUGGACACGUCGACGAGGGAUACACACUUCGGGCACGACCCUUGAGUUCCACGAAUAUGAUAAGCGGAGCGGCUACGAUACUGGAUUGGAGAUCGCUGACACGCGCACCGAAAGAAUCCGUCUGGGACUGAAACAGCUCAAAAAAGAAAUAAAACUAUGGAAAAAAGAAAUGAAAGAAGUUCUCAUAAAUGACCCCAUACUCGAUUACAGAGCAGGAGAAGUUGAUGUGUUUUGGAGAUUUUACGAAGAAUCUUCAUUGGAUCAUUGGAUUGUCACAAGUGAUAGUGAUCAUGCUGAGGGUUUUAGUAAAUGUGAUUUAAAAAUUGGUAAUCAGGGUUAUGGGCUAUUUCAUGGAAAUCUAUGUUCGAGAGUCCCAAAGGAUGGAAGGAUUCAAAAUUCUGGUUAUUGCAAUAUGAUAACAAAACGCGUUUCGAAAUCUUUUCAACGAGACAGUUUUUUGGACUGGAGUCCUUACACACAUCUCAAUUUACGUUUAAGAGGCGAUGGACGAAGUUAUUUAAUAAACAUACAUGUGUCUGGACAGUUUGAUAUUAUGUGGAAUGAUGUAUUUACGUUUGUGCUGUAUACUCGAGGUGGACCAUAUUGGCAAACAACAAGAAUACCAUUUUCAAAAUUUUUUUUUGCUAGCAAAGGACGGAUACAAGAUAAGCAAGCACCAUUACCACUCUAUAGAGUUACUCAUUUUGGUAUUACUGUAUCGGAUAAAGCUGAUGGUCCUUUUCAGUUAGAAAUUGAUUAUAUAGGUGCUGAUUAUGAUCCUACCCAUCAUGAAGAGACUGCAUAUGAAAUGUAUGAAGUUCAACAAAAUUAUAUAAUUGGUACAUGAACUCAUAACUGGUUAUAGUGUUUCUUUAUAGCUUAAUUAUGUUUAUGUUGACUAUUUUGCUAAAUAAUAGUUGAAAUUUGAACUUCUAUCAUCUAUUAAAUGAUAAUAUUUGAAUUAUUAUUUUUUUUAUCAAUUGUGAGAUAUUGAUGAUACCAAAUACAUUUUUAUUAUGAUGUACUAGAGACAUCAGAAAAGCAUAGUUUAUCUGACUUUCAAAACUUUUUAAGUAUUCAUCUUCGUUGUUAAAUAAAACUAAGUGUUUCCAAUAAAAUUGUAAAACAAUA